AUGGCUGACUACCUCCCUAUAGAGAUAGUUCUUAACAUAUUAUAUCGAUUACCAGCUGAAACAGUCCUAACAUGUAAACGAAUAUGCAAAACAUGGCAUAAUCACUUAUCCCAUAGUGAUCGCAUGAACUUUGCUAAGACACACUUGCUGCAUCUCAAUCAACACCGGCACGAUCACAACAGUCUUAACAAUGGUGUUACAGGUUCUAAGGUAAGUUUAGGUUUUAUUUUCUUAUUGAAGUCGGAAAACAUAAGACCUACUGGUCACCCACUUUGGCAUGUAGGAUAUGAUGAGAAUAAUAAUGGCACUGUUCAGAAAACACUUAGACCGGUUAAUCAUCGUCUUAUUCGAACCAAACAGGAGUACGACACAAAUUUGCUUGUUGGUUCUUGCAAUGGUUUGAUUUGUUUUGCAGAACCUAGAAGGCGUAACGUCAGAGAUCCAAUCCAUAUUUGUAAUCCCAUUACUAGAGAAUGUGUAUACCUCAAAGGAUUUAACGAAAAUAUUCAGUACAAAUCUACUUGGUCAAUACAUAGUGGUUUUGGCUACAGUCCUCUAACUAAUGAGUACAAGGUCGUUAGAAUCUUGUGUUAUGAUAGCCGCGAUCAUGGUGCUAUUGGACAAAUUCAGGUAUACACUCUUGGCAGUGGAGAUGGGUGGAGAAACAAAGGGGUGCUUGCCAACUACUCGUUAGAUUCCAUAUAUGGUGUUUUUUGCUAA